AUGCAUUUGUGUUGCAGUUCCACAUUGUUGGUCGCCUGUUCGCUGGCGCUGUUGCGGCACGUUGUAGCAAUGCCCACAACCACCGCUUCAAUGACAACAUUGAAACCAAAGCUGGUUGUCGGCAGUGAGGAGGAGGCGCCGCGGCCCAUGACAUAUCACUUCAUUGUGGAUCAUCGUCCCAGCACGUUGGGGCAGAAUUAUUACAUCAAGCCCGGUCAAGUUGUGGGUUCGUUCAGUUUGGAUUCGAAAGCGUUGCAGGUGCGGCACGAGGGCAGCAAGCGCAACAUUAGUAACAAGUUAAACAUUCUCUUCGUGGCCAGUCCCAAGGAAGAAGAAGCAACGCAGAGCUAA